AUGUCUACAAAACUGAGCUAUCCCUUGGAAAUUGAUGGCUCCCUAGAUAAUACCCUCAACUACCGCCAUGCUGCAUUUGACGAAGAGAAUGAUGGAUUAUUACCAGUAACCAACCAAGAUCUCAAAUUGAAACCACUAGCGACAUCAAAGAAAGCUCCACAACAAUCACAAUCAUUGGCUCCUCGUGAUAGGAAAGCUUUUGCGAUACUCGUCUUGUUAUACUUGCUACAAGGUGUUCCAGUUGGACUAGCUUUUGGAUCAAUACCGUUUAUUUUGAAGAGUAAAUUGACUUAUUCCGAAGUGGGGAUUUUUUCAUUAGCAGCGUAUCCAUACUCUUUGAAAUUGUUAUGGUCACCUUUUGUUGAUUCAAUGUAUUCGAGGAAAUUUGGUAGAAGAAAAUCGUGGAUUGUACCGAUUCAAACGAUUUCAGCAUUCAUUUUAAUGUACUUGGGACAUAUUAUUGAUUCAUUAGUUGAUUCACCAAAACAACAUUUAAACACAAUAACUUUUUAUUUCUUUAUCUUGGUGUUAUGCUGUGCUACUCAAGAUAUUGCUGUUGAUGGAUGGGCGCUAACUUGUUUAUCGCCAGAGAGUUUAUCAUAUGCGUCAACAGCACAGACAAUUGGGAUAAAUUGUGGAUAUUUUUCAAGUUUCACCAUCUUUUUAGCAUUGAGCUCACCCGACUUUGCCAAUAGGUAUUUACGGAAAAUACCGCAAAGUCAAGGAUUGUUUACAUUAGGUCAGUAUUUGACUUUUUGGGGAUGGAUGUAUUUGAUCAUCACCGGGCUCAUAUUGCUAGUUCCUGAAGAUCCACCGCAUUUGGUGGAUAUAAAUAAAGAUCGAAUGGCGAGGGAAAAGGGGGUUCACAAUACAAAUAAAUGGCAUCAAUUACGUCAAGUGUUUGAGUCAAUGUACGAGGUGCUUAAACUACCCAAUGUGCAAACAUUUGUUGUCAUAUUGUUGUUGGCAAAACUAGGUUUUCAAGCAAAUGAAGCAGGAACAAAUUUGAAGUUGCUAGAAAAGGGUCUUUCAAAGGAGGAUUUAUCAAUUACUGUGCUUAUUGAUUUCCCAUUUGAAAUGAUUUUUGGGUAUUAUGCAGGAAGGUGGUCAACUGGUAAGGCACCUUUAAGACCAUGGCUAUGGGGGUUUAUUGGGAGGUUAGUUGCUGCAUCAUUAGCACAAUUGAUUGUGUACUUUUUCCCCCUGAAUGGUCAGGUGUCAAUGACGUAUUUUUUGAUGAUUAUAUUACAACAUCUACUUGGAUCAUUUAUGUCAACGAUUCAAUUUGUUUCCCUUUGUGCUUUCCAUACCAAGAUUGCCGAUCCUGCCAUUGGUGGUACUUAUAUGACAACGCUAAAUACACUAUCCAAUUAUGGUGGCACCUGGCCACGAAUUUUCAUUUAUUUCAUGAUUGACAAGAUCACCUUGGCCAAAUGUAAUUUAGGGCCAGGUCGACAUAUCAUGAUUAAGUCAGAAGAAGAGAGGGAGCAAUGCAAACAUGCCAAAGGUGAAUUGGUUAUGAUUCGGGAUGGAUAUCUUUAUACAAACGCAUUGUGUAUCACAUUGGGUAUUGUUAUUUUACUCUGGGUCAAAAAGAAGGCAACUUAUUUACAAAGCUUGCCCAAUAGUGCAUGGAGGGUGAAGAAGGAGUAA